AUGGCCAUGGCAAUAGCUGCAGCUCAUAAGAAGGCUAAUAUCCGCGUCUCUAGCUUCUUGACAGUCCCACAGGAGGGGAUUGAUAUGGGCGCCUUUGCAAGGAUGCCUCCGCCUGUCCCAGUGGAGGAGAUGAGGAUGCCCCUGACAAUCCGCCAGCGUCGUCGCUUUCCCAACAAUUUGGCAAUUGUCCUUCCAGACAAAUAUGGCCAAUCAUUGCCUCAGCUUAGGAGUCAAAGUCACGACCGGCAGGUCGAGCAGAACCACCAGAACCAGCAAACCCAACAAGACCAUCGGGGCGAGCAAGACAAACAGGCCGAGGAGGAUCAUCGGGCAGAAAAAAGCGCGGAGGCUAUGGCUGCAGAAUGGAUGAGCUGGCUCAAAAUGAUGGUCCCGGACACGAAUAUCCAGUGGUUCGUGACGGAGAACAGGGACGUGAUUUACAGGUUCUAUGUGAAUUAUCAGAUCACACAAAGUCUCUGGGACGAGUUCUCAAGAGGAGAUCUGAUGUAUCGCGGAUGGAAGACAGAGGCGCCAUCUUCAUCUCUCACCAAGUUACCCAUCGAAAUAAUUACGAUGGUCUUCAACGAGCUUGAUGUGCCCGACCAAGUGUGUCUAGGCCUAACAAACAAAACCGCAGCCAAUAUCACCCGUCACCUGAACGGUGGGUACGGUGUGCUAUACGACAGCUCCAUGCGGCUGCAGAUCCUCUUCCGGCUGGAGUCGUGGAUGACAUACGAGCGACGGCUGUGCAUGGCCUGCGGCAAAUAUUUCCCUCUGGACCCGCUCUUCUGGAAAGAGAGGAAACGCCAGGGACGGUGCAGAACGCGCAGCAUGGUUUAUGGGCGUGUGGAUGCGGAUUUUGAGUUUCAGGAUGAGACGUGCCCGGAAUGCACGGCGGCGAUUUUGUGGGGCAAUAUUGCGAUGACACAUAUUGGGAUGCAGAUGGCUAUUCGUUGAAGGGAAGUUGUGUCAACGGGGGGGAAACCGACGGAGCACUUGCAAACGUACAAUGACGGGGUAUCUAGAGGGGAGCGUAUUUUCUCUGUGUUUGGUAGAUAAGGGGAUGGUUGAUUGUGGUACUGUUACGUAGUCGCGGUCCCUUAUGCCUGCAUAUUGGAAUAUCGGUCGUUUCUCCGCUUUUCAAUAUUGCCGUGAAAACAUCGCAGAGGGGGGUUCUGAAUGUAUAGUCUCGUUGUUUCGAGUUGAUGAGGGCGUAAACGAAGGACCCCUCCGAUAGUCGUAAUAAAAUGUAUGUCCUGUAUGUACAACAAGUAUACGCGAUAUCUUCCCAUGUGCAUUAUAUAUUUGAUACCUUCCUCACUUCUUCGCUCUAUUCGUA